CAGCGAUUAAUUACCAUCUUGGCAAUUCUACUACAGUACAUUGUGAUAACCAUUGUUGCGUAUUCUUGAAUUUCCACUGAUUUCCAAUAGAAAUGCAGAAGUGAUGGUCAUGUGCACAGCCUGGAAUGAUGCAUGCAAAGAAGAUUUGAGUGUGACACUGCGAUUUUGGUGGAUAUCUUGCAUAGAGUAGCCACUGAAGCGAAAGUGGCUCUGAUAAUCAUGCUCCUGCUGCUACUUAUUCCUAUUGUGGGUGUUAUCGCUGUAGCAUGCUGUAAAAGGACAAAAACAAUUCGUCCAUUAACGAUUUACAUGAUUAUAGAACUCAGUGAUAUUCUACGAAUAACUGUUUUUACACUGGUAUUUCAAAGAAGUACAUUUGUAAUAUUAGUUCCCCUCUUAACUGUGAUUUUAUUUUAUUUUCGUUCUUUUCUUCUCAAGCUGAGUUAUUUACUCUAUAUUAUAGGGACUUUGCUCCUGGAGGUUCUAAGAGCUUCAGGGUCGAUCUACAUCCAUUAUGAUCUGAAUAUUGAUGUGAAAGAACGUGACGCAUUGGUCUGUGUGACUGCAUACCUCCAAAUCUUGACCCUGAUUACACUGUUUACACAUUUAAACUAUAACUCAGAUCCAGAUCCAGAAUCUGACUCCAACACUGGGACUCAACAAUCUUUAUCCCAUUUGGUUGUGUUCAUGUUUGGUACAGUGGGGGUUGUUUUUGUGAACGCUGGUGCAUUAUUAGUAGAGCUGACUCUAAAAGCACGAAAUGGUGAGCGGACAGUGGAUCUGCGAGUGAUUCUCCUACCCACUGAAAGUGUCUUUGCUGCAUGCUGCCUUGCUUUACAAAUAUAUACUUUCUGGAAGACAAAAAGAAAAAGAUUUGCAAUUGGCAUAAACAAGCUGCGACAGUGUAAAAAGACUCAGAGGGACUCACCUCCACAAUGUGAUGAACAUAAAAUGGAGAAUCUGGCUCCUGAUCCUCAGCCCUCAGGGUCUUAGCAGCAAAAAAUCCUCAAACACAACCCCAGAAGAUUGCUAAUGUAUGUUUACCUGGUUUCUGCACUGUCACCUGACUAGCUGACAUCCCUACAGCAACCACUAGUGACUGUAAUAGGUGAUUAGUCUAUACAACUUUUCUAGCUGUGGUUUGCACUUAUGGGGAAAACAAAACACAGUUGUCUUUUUAUAUAUCAGGGACUAAUAACCACUGUUUGGUUCACAGCAACUUCUGGAAACAACUCAGGUGAGAACAAAAAAAACAUUUUGACAUGUAAUCAUUUUUUCCCUAAAAAUAAACCAACAUUCUGAACAUUUAGCAUCUUUGUCCUGUUUAAUGACCUGAAAGCUUAGAUUAAGCUGCUGGACAGAUGGUCUCAAAUUUGUGUCACUGACUGCACAAGUCCCAGAUCCUGUAGCUUAACAAGCCCAAAUCAUCAUUCCUCCAACACCAUGCUGCACAGUUGGUUUAAUCUUCUUACAGAGGCUUAAGAUGUUGCUUUGGGGUUUUCUUUCUAUCUCUGAAUAGUCUGAGCUUGGACUGAAUUUGCUGAGACGCUCACUCCUCAGACAUACAGAGCAGCUGUAUUGAAGGUUCUCCCCACAUGUAAACAGUCCUUCACAAUGUAGAAUGAUGAAUUUGAAGUUAUAUGAAGAGUCCUGGCUGAUGUCCUUUCUUCUUGGCAUGAUGUAGACACACACACGAGUGAUCCCGUACACCAAACUGCCCAAAGUUCUGCUUUUACAGACAUAGUCACACUUCAUGAUUAUAAUUAAAAACAACUAAUUUUGUUUAUGUGCAGGUAAGAAAGGUGUAUGUAUUUUUUUUGGGAAAAAAUGAGUACAGUACCUGAGGUUAUUAAUUUCUUUAUAGAAGCUGGUGAGAACCACACAAUUAUUGUUUAGGUCCUGAUAAAUAAAAAUAUAAAAUUGGAGGAGGGUGUCCUUUUUUCCCCAUGACAGUAAGUAACUGAAUGCACUAGUUUGUUCCCCUUGGAGAUUUAUUUUAAAGAUGUGUUAUAUUUUUUAUAUAAUUUUUUUAAAUACACAUUAUUUAUUUAUUUAUUUAUUUAUUUAUUUAUUUAUUUAUUUAUUUAACAAUCCUUUGUGUUAUAAUUAAAUGAAUCUCUUGUCUUCAUGUUUGCUUUAUUGUUCUAAUAGUUUUUAUUAUUUAAUUGUCAGGUAUUAUGACUGGAUUUGUUACAUUGAUGCCUAUUUUGAGACAUAUUGUAGGAUAAAGAUUAGGAUUUAAACUCAGUCUGGCAUUAAAAACAUUUAUUGUAUUGUUUAAUCAUCUGCCAAAUUCACCUGUGAUGUGUGAGGGAUGCGAAAGUUUAAAAAAAGAGAGAAUUUCUAUAAUUGUGUAUAACAUUCAGUAGAGGAACACAGGGAAUGUUAGUGUAUACUUUUAAAACUAUUAAGGUGUGUGUCAAUGAAUAUGUAUAUAUAUGUUAUAUACAGG